AUGAACGUUGAUUUUGCAAUAAAAUCGACAACAAAUAAUAAUAUUGGUGAUGUAAAAACCAAGAUUGAAGAUUACCUGGACAAUAGCGAAGAAGAGAAUGAAAACCCGUUAAACGAAUAUCGCUUGCCUUGCCAAGAAACGUCUUUUGUUCCAACUAUUCCACAUGAACAAAUUGACGACCGAAAUAUUGUUAUUGCUCCAGGAGAGAACAAAUUUCCCAUAGCAAUAAUUUCUGAUGAGCAUUGUGAAGAACUUUCCCACCCCUAUCUAUUUCCAACAGCUAAAUUCGGAUAUCACACGAAAAGACAAGUACCACUUUCCCCGACCAAGUAUUUCAACCAAAGAUUACUGAACUAUAGACAGAAGUUUGCCUCUGAUACUGACUAUAUAUUCUUUGCUCAUGCAGUGACUCAACAUCUUAAUUUAAAUAGUCGCAUAAACAUCGCUAUGCAAAAAAUUAAAGCAGAUGGUCUUACAGCAGAAAUGAUGUCUGCGAAUUUUAAAGAAAGAGUUAAAUCGUUUAUAGCCAGUGACGACGCUUUCACGUUUAUGAACACGUUGAAAGGAACUCCUGCAUAUUGGAAACGAUUUCUCUUUGAAGUUUUGGCUAUGGUAAAACAGCUAGGACUUCCAACAUUUUUUAUGACUUUGUCCUGUGCAGACUUAAGAUGGAAUGAACUGGUUAAAAUCAUUACUAAAUUAAAAGGUAAUGACAUAUCUGAAGAAGAAAUCGAAGAUCUAAAUUAUUAUCAAAGAACAGAGAUUCUUAACAGUAAUCCAGUUCUUCUAGCAAGACAUUUCCAAUACAGAGUUGAGACGUUUUUUAAAACCAUAUUUGUCAACGGGCCAUUAGGUAAUGUAAACUACUACGCGAUUAGAGUUGAAUUUCAGGUUAGAGGUAGCCCACACAUCCACUCUUUAUUAUGGGUUGUUAAUGCACGUAGCGAUAACAAAAAAGAAUAUAUUGCCUUUGUGGAUAACAUAGUUAAAUGUCAGCUUCCUAAUAAAGACAGCAACCCAGAUCUCUACAAACUAGUUUCGACAUAUCAAACACAUUCUCAUUCUAAAUCUUGUCGUAAAUAUAAAAACAAGAAUUGUCGAUACUCUUUCGGCAAGUUUUUUACAGACCGAACAAUUGUUGCUGAGCCUUUACCUGAUAACAUCUCAAAGAAAGAAAGAGAAACACGGUUAAAAGAAAGAAAGGCUAUACUAGAAAAAGUUAAAACUUACAUAGAUUCAAAUUUGAAUCCAAGAUUCAACAAUAUUCUUCAUCCAGAUGAACCGAAUUAUAACCAACCAGGAACAAUUGAACAAAUCCUUCAAAGUUUAGCCAUAACAAAAAAAGAAUAUGAAAACGCACUAAGCAUCUCACCUGACACUGGAUUUCAAAUUCACUUCCGAAGGCUUCCAGAUUCUUGUUUUAUCAAUAAUUAUUUUACUGAAGGUUUGAACGCAUGGGAAGCUAACAUAGACAUUCAACCUGUUCUUGAUUAUUAUAAAGCAGUUUCUUACAUGUGUGCUUAUUUGUCGAAAGUUGAAAAUGAAUCUUCAGAGGCAAUGAAAAAAGCUGCAUCGCAGGCACUAGAAACUGGUGAUUCAUUAUUUGAACAGAUGAAGUCAAAUGCAAAUGCGUAUCGAAAUCAUCGCGAAAUUAACAUUCCUGAGAAGCGAUACAGGGUUUGUCGUAAGGAAGAAGAAAUUUUAAGUUUACCACCAGACAGUACGGAUAAUUUUAAACGAAACAUGUUGGAUAGAUACAUGGAUAGACCAAAUUUAGAAUUUAAAAAAGGCAGAUACCCCAUGUUGGAACAAAUGUGUUAUGCUGAGUUCUUGUCCAGCUAUUCCAUGAAAAUAAAACCGAAACCAGAAGAUGAAAAUGACAAGCAACCAGAAGUACUUAAAGAAAUAAUAGCUGAGAUUCAAGUCGAAUCUCCUUAUCCAAAAAUUAUACCUCUGAUGAUAUGCGAACCAUUUGGUGAACUUGUUGAAGAAGCAAUGAUAAAUUUUCACGCAAAUGUAAAUAAUCUUGAUUCUUUCGCCGAACAGGAAAACGACGAUGUUACUGAUGAGAUUAGUAGUAUAAACAACCAUGACACUGACGAAAUUCGAAGUGAAACCGAAAACAUCCCAGUUUUUGGAAACACUUUUUCAUCUAUUACUGAGCCUGGAAUUUCCGAAGACGAACUCCAUGAAAAGAUUCGAACAUUAAAUAAAACACAAAGGCAAAUUUUUGAAGUGGUAAAUGAUUGGGUUAGAACUUACGUAAAAGGUUUAGCAUGUAACGCACACCAUAAAAUUAAGCCAAUUCACAUUUUUCUAACAGGAAGUGCAGGUUGUGGAAAGUCCCAUUUAAUAACAACAAUUUCUGACAUGCUAAAUAAAGCACUUUCCUAUCGUGCAGGAAACUUAGAAAAGGAUAAAAUUCUCAUUUUAGCACCAACCGGUGUUGCUGCCAUUAAUAUAGAGGGAAAAACAAUACAUUCAGCAUUAGGUAUACCAGCGGAUAGAAGUUUCACUAAACACAUUUCUAAGUUAAGUGAUAAAAAGAAAUGUAUGCUGCGAAACAAGCCUUCAGAACUAAGCGUUAUUGUAAUAGAUGAAAUCUCAAUGGUUUCAAACAAGCUACUUUUACAUACUCAUCAACGGCUAACCGAAAUAUUUGGAUGCGCAGAUGACAUUCCAUUUGCAGGAAUAUCUGUUAUAGCAUGUGGCGAUUUCUACCAACCUCCACCAAUUCAAGCAAAGCCAGUUUACGCAGAAUACAAAGAUGCAUUAUUAAAUCUUUCACAUUGCUGGAAGCAUUUUAAGAUUGCUGAACUAACGAAAGUUAUGGGACAGCGUGAUGAUCAACAUUUGAUUGAAUUAUUAAACAAUAUCAGAGUGGGAAAAUUAGAAAGGCAACACGAAGAUUUACUAAAAUCUAAAUUUAUUUCACCAAAUGACCCACAUUACCCCAAAAAUGCAAUUCAUAUAUUUGCUGAAAAUCAACCCGCCUCUGAGCAGAACAAAAAAAUGCUUAAUAGCAUAACAUCGGACGAAAUAAAUAUCGAAGCUAUUGACAAAAUUCCAGAAAAUAUACCCGUGCAAUUAGUCCAAAAUCUUAAUUCUCGCACUCAAAUGGAAACAGGUGGACUUGCGCGAAACCUUCUGUUAAAACUUCAUGCAAAAGUCAUGUUGACGUCAAAUAUUGAUGUAUCUGAUAAACUCAUUAGCGGACAGAUAGGUACUGUUCAUCGGUUGAAAACCGAUAGCUCAGGAAAUGUAACAAGAAUAUAUUUUGACAUGUAUACUGGACUUAAAGCUUCGAGAACAGAUCCAUAUGCUAUUCAAGAAAAUGUUGUUCCAAUUAACAGAGUAGAGAAAGAAAUCAAAUUUAACAAACAUAAUCCAUCUUCACCUUCUAUGAAACGACUGCAAUUCCCACUAAUGCUGUCAUGGGCCUGCACUGUUCACAAGGUUCAAGGAAAAACUCGAGUCACAAGUUUAGACGGUUUAUACCUAACGGGUACAUUUGCUAAGUCAACCAUUAAGUCAGACACACAAGCAACAGAGCAAUACAAUUACAUGCGAGAACAUUCAAAAUUGACACAAAAAGAAACUGGUGUAAUUAGCGAAAAUUCUAUUAUGGUCACUUUGCUUAAUACAAGAUCCUACAACAAGCAUAAAAACGAUAUUAAAUCCGACCGCGUUCUCAUGGAAAAAUGA